CAACUCUGCAUGAGAGAGAGGCCAAGGAGAAGAAAGAGCGCGAAGAACAAGAGCGGCUUAAGCCGACAUCAGUCGUCGCUGAGGUGGGCGCUGUUGCCGUAAUCAUACCUGCUGUGCGGGAAGAUUCGAAGGUCGAAGUAUAUCCUUAUGCAGAGCGAAGUGAAUCACUGGCGAAGAAGCCCAAAGCCAGGUUAGACCAAAAGGCAAAGUUAAAGGAAGAGGAAGAGGCCACUGAGGCUAGGCUACGGGAAGAAGAAGAGACAGAACGGAGAUUCCCACAAGAGAAAGCUGCUGCUGCUGAAGUUGAGACAAACAGGAAGAAGGAAGACAAUAUCUGGGUCAAAUGGGACGCACUUUCGGUCGCUCAAACGAAGAAGAAGGGCAAGAAAACAGAAUUGAUACACCUUGAAGAGGAAGAGCAAGAGGCCGAGCGAAGGAAGAAGGAAGAGGAAGAAGCGGCGGCUGCAGCGAAACCGAUGAUGCUAAGUGCCACCUCCGGCUUGAGCCCGGAGAAACUAGUCUCAGACACAGACGACUGGGCUGCAUUUGGUACGAGCGCUCCCGGCAAGAAGAAGAAGGGCAAAAAGGGGAAGACGGUCGAGCCCGUACCCCCGCCCCCUCCAGGCUGUCCAGCGGAAUCGCCGACAACAUUCGACGACAUCAACCAGGAAGAAGCAGGUACAACAAAAAUUGACAUGGUAUUGGGCGAUACGGGUGCAACUAUAUCUGGAUUUAGACUUCCUAGACUUAGAAAUUGUACGUCUGGUUGGGGCCCGUCAGAUAAGGACACGAAUGCAGAAGGCGACAACUCUCGGGGUUCUUCAGAUAAGACGAAGAAGGACGAUGGGUUCGAAUUCGAUUUCGAUACGUUCAAGAACCCGCCAGCUGAGAAAAAACCAACUGAAGACGACGGAUGGGGCGGCUUACGUACUACAACGAAGACCAAGAAGAAGAGCAAGAAAGGGGUUUUGAUUGACGACAGUGUAUUGAAAGUUCCUCCUCCCCCGCCAGAGCCUGAUAAGGAAGAAGAAGACGAUUCAUGGGGAACAUUCAGCUUUGGCGGCACCGCAAAGGGCAAGAAGAAAAAGAAGAAGGGCGUACUUGGAGAAGAGCCCCCGCCACUUGAGCCAGAGCCAGAGCCAGAAGAAGAAGAUGCCGUCGACGAGCUAGAACCUGCCAAAGAGGAGAAUCCAUGGGGAGGUGGAUGGGGAGCGGCUGAUGCUGGCACUAAGAAAAAGAAGAAAGGUAAGAAGGGAAAACUAGAGUCGAGUCCUGAACCGGUACCCGAACCUAAGCCGGAAUUCGAACCUCCAAAGAUGGAGGUAGAUUCUUAUUCGGGGCGUAUUAAGCCACAGUCGAAGAAGCUCAACGCCAAAUUGGACAGAGAGGUGAAGUUGAAGAAAGAAGAGGAUACGAAGCGACAGAAAGAAGUAGAAGAGGCUGUUCAGGUCAGGCGACAAGAGAAGGAAGAGGCAGAACAGAUACGUCUGGAAGAGGAGGAAGUCAAAGUAGGGAAGGUAGAGGAAGAAGAUGCUGCCACCGCCAUUGCUGCUCAAACGGGUGUGAGCUCCUUCGACCCAGCGAUGGAGACUGGUGCUACAUCUAAGAAUGAUGGCUGUGAAUUGCGUCCGGCGCAUCUGUCUCGUGAUGACGGGUGGCAGAACUGUAGGCCAUGCGAACUUUACAUGCGAAAAAUCGCUUUCAAGCUUUACCAAGAGGGGCCACCAAAUGUGAAGGGAUUCAGCACUACCAAUAUGCUAGGUCACUUAGAGCGGUUCGACCGCGGACCGAAUCUCAAGCCAGAUACCUCCGGUCCCUCGCAAGGGAUACCGAUCAACUCGAACCACAUUCUCCAUGCUUGCAUCAAGCGCUACGAGCACGAACAAAGCAAGAAUAACAUGCCAACCGAACCAGAAAAACAUGAUCUGCUUGGGUUUACCGACGUUGAGGCAGAACACCCCAAGCGGUACAUCCGGAGGCUGUGGCUCGUCGCAGAGAACGACCGCAAACCAUUCCCCGUGUUCUUGGACCCGCAAGUUCAGGAGCUUGCAACGCAGGUAAACAGGGUGGUCAACACGUUCGUGAAGGACGAGGACAUGCGUCAUAAAGAGCUGUGUGGCGGCGCGUUUCUUGAAAAGGACGCUGCACAUAUACUCGAUGACCUGGGCUUCGGGCCGCGCAUCUGGGGCGACGGUUCUAAGGCUGAGAUACGACUCGGGAGCAAUCUGCCAGGGUCGCGCCCUCGGUGGGGUGUCCGCGUAGACUCCGGAUACCAGCGCAACGACGAAGACAGGUAA